UCGUACGUUGGUAAAAUUAAGGGUACAACAUAUUCUGAGUUAGAAAAUGCUAUCUAAACCUCGAAUUAACCGGAUUUUUUGGCAUGAUACUAUAUCCUAACCCUUGAUGGGUGAACCCUAGGCCUUAGUUAUCUAAAUUGUAGAGCCUAACCCCUAAGAUUGUGCAUUCAAUUUGUUGCAUAUAUUUCAACGAAUCAUGACCGUCGAUUUUUGUUUCUCAAUAUAUUGAUCUUCGUGUAUGAGAUUUAUAGAGCUAAGAUAUAGAUUUUAAUGUUUAAGGGUUUGAGAGUAGUACCAGAUGCCAAACUCCGGCCAAUUCAAGGUCUAGAUAUCAUUUUCAUAUUCAAGGCACGACAUACCCUGGAUUUUACCCGGGGUACGAUAGAAUGGUCCAUAUAUAGGUAAAGUGUUACUAAAUGGUAUAUGAUCCACGAUUGAACAUCUCCCAACGGCUUGAGUUAUUGGGAUCAACUGGUUCUUGACAUGGUAUCAGAGCCUCUUAUGUGACCGUGACCCCAUCUGUUUCUGUUAAGCACAUGGUGUCCGGAUGUGAGCCUCUUAUGUGAGCCUCUUAUGUGUCUGUGCAAACUCCAAGCAUAUCUGAUUGGCUUGAGUUUGAAGGGGUGUAUUAGUAAAUGGUAUAUGAUCCACGAUUGAACCUUUGGAUGUAUCUUUUAGUUUAGCGUCGUACUGAUUAGGGGUGGCAGUUCGGUUAUUUUGGUUAUAACUGGUAACCUAUUGGCCGGUUAUCGGUUAACCGAAAUAACCACCCCUCAUACCAAAAACUGACCGAAACAGGCUUCGGUUUCCCAGUUAUCGGUUAACCGAACCAAUUUUAAGACCAAAAACCAUUGCGUCUAGCUUCCUAUAUCCGACCAAAAUUUGGUUACCGGUUAGUGGAUAACCGGUAACCGGUAACCGAACGGCCACCCCUAGUACUGAUCAAAGCUUGAACUGCAGGGUCCCAAAUCACAAUCACCUCUUCACAGCUAGCAUUGUGAUAUUCAAGGAAAUAGUUCCUUGCUAGUAUAAUGUUCUCCUUUCUAUUUAUGGCGAAACACCCGAUCCAAUAUAUUACACUUUUUUUUUUUGUAUUGUACGUAGAAUCUAAACAAUCAAGAGAGCAUGCAUCAUCGAUAACAGAUACAUAGUACUUAUAGCCGAACAACUAACAACGCAAGUAGUUUGGCGAUUUAUGAAUUGGAUUAGGAAUGUUUUGCCGAAUGGCUCUUAGACUCUUACUAUAAAAUGAAACUGACAUAAUAAUAUCAUGAAGCAUAGUACUUUGUAAUUUGUGUACAAAUUAAGAAGAAGAAGAAGAAGAAAAAAAUGAGUUCGUCGUCAUCAUCGCCAUCGACGGCGGUUUUGGUAGUCGUCACGAUCAUCAUGUCGCUCAUUGCAAUUCACUCGACGUCGUCGGCGGCGGCGGAGGAGCAAGAGAUAAGCUAUCUUUGCAACGGUGUAGAGUUCCCCGGCGGCUCUACCCCACGUGUUUGUGUACAUCGCCUGCUCGACAACUUGCUCGGAUGGACGGAUCCGGUGCCGGUGGGCGAAUUCUACGAGAGUUCUAACUGCGACGAGGAUGUGCGCGCCGUGUACGGUUACAGGUGGAGAGACGACGGCGAGGAUGCGGCGGCGUGCCUUGCUACGGCGAAAGAUGUCCUCCAGAAUAAGCAGCGGUGUGCUGGCCACGUCGGAGGUCGGGCGUGGGGCGUAAGCUGUUACAUGAGGUUUGAGAUUUACCCUUACCACGACAAAUAAUCCGAUAUCUAUCUACUAUGUAUUUUUCUCCUCCAACUGUGCGAGCGGGAAAACCUCCUACCGGAGUCUAAAUAAAAGAAAAAAAAAAGAAAUUUUCAAUUUAUUUUCGCUUUUAGAAGUUGAAAGUCCGCGUGCAUAUGGUACACACGCGCGAAGAAAUAUGAGAGAGAGCAACUUUGAUUCUAUAAAAGAGAAACUAGCGUGGGCCCCGGCCAGUUGGUCGGAGGAAGGCGAGAUUUGAAAUUUGAAAAUGUAAUGGAGUGUAUAGUUUAUUGUUGUGUAGUUUUUUUUUUGGAAACACAUGAUAAAGAUAGUGAAUUUUAGCAGGAAAGAGGCAUGGAUGACGCAACGAAUCAAAAAAUCAGCCUUAUGAACCAAGUUCGAAUACCUGUUACCCUGUGAAACAAUAUUAUUUCUGGUAAUAUGAUGAGGUGGAGUAAAUUUUAUAAAAAUUGAAUUCCAUAAAACUGAAUAAAAAAUCCCCUAUAAAUACACUAUAAUUUAAUCAUUAGGAUAUCAAAUAAUUACAUAAUAUAUAUUUGAAAUUUUAAAAAUUGGACUAAUCAGGUUGGUCGAGGUCGAACCAUUUAAUAACUUUAAAAUACAUUAUAUUUUAGCCACUAAGAUAUUAAAUAAUAGAAUAAUAUAUGUUAUGCUAGAGAAAAUAUCAUGUUUUAGGAUGGCAAACCCAUGAUGUUCAUUUGUUUUACUUGAAACUUGAUGGUCAAAUCUCGUAUGAGUCAGGCCCAUUCAACUCUUUUAUUCUAUGUUUAGCGGUUAGCCCAUUAGAAUCCAUGCAUUAGUUUAUUGUUAAAUUUUUUUCUUUUUAGCAAUAAAAAAUGAGUAUUGUUUUGCCCUUUCACAUAUAUCUUACCAACAUUGAGAAAUCAAAGGGCUUAAAGAAAACCCUAUAUUCCCUAGAAAAAGCUACUCAGUGCUCACCGGCUCAUGAUUCAUUUCUCUCUCUCGAUCUCAAUUAUAUCGCCGUUGGUAGCCACUUCUCCCCAUCCCUGUUUUCUUGUCCUUAAUUUUAGCUUUGCAAACCUUUCUCCUGCAUGUCAUCCUCCCCCCGAACGUCAAUUUCCACUCCCUCUCGGUCUCUGUUUUUCAUUUCUUAAUCUUCCAUUCUCUUAUCACUUGUUUAAACCCCCCCUCUUUGUAUAUCUUCGACGCUAGUUUAACGAAGAAGAAAAGAAAGCCACCAAUCUUCAAUAAUACUGUAUUGUUACAGUGAAGCGAUAUUGUGGAUUUCUUUGUCACUUAUCUGUUAGAGCUUGCAAAUGAUGGAAAAAGGGGUGGUUGAUUAUGAUUUGAUUAAAUGACUCAAAUCUUUAAAUUUUACUUGCAUGCAAUUUAUCACCCUUCUUCAUGAGCAUGACUGGAUCUUUUUAGUAUGCUUGGAUUUCUUUUCAUAGGGAAGGGAUUAGGCGAUUAGCACACGGAAGAAGGAUUGGGGAAAUUAAUUUGCAAACAAUUAUGAAGCUCUCGUUCUCUAAUUAUCUCAUUUAUUCUCGGCGUUGGUGGAGUCCAGAUCCAGCAUCGGAACAAUCCAAGACUCGGUUACGGUGAUCGCUAUGGAGGCAUGAAAUAGAUGCAGCCGUGGCUGGAACCUAUUCUGUUUUUGUGGUCCGCAACAAUCCCUGGGCCCGUUCAAGUCCGCACGUGUACGGUAAGUUGGCCCGUUCAAGUCCCAUUCUGUUUUUAAAUAAGGAAAUUAGACUACUUGUGGUCUACUAGAUAAGUUUUUUAUAUGCUUUAAUUUGAAACUGGAAAAUCCCAAUCAAUUUUAAUGCAAAAUUAACUUUGUUAUGAUCGUUGUAAUAAUAUGUUAUGAACGGUGUUUUAGAAAUCAUACCCUACCAUCUGGUUGGACCGAGAAUACUGGGUAGCCUAUCUCAAAUUGGUAGGUGGGGUUUUAACGGUAUUAAAUGGUUGAAUCACGA